AUGGAGCACUUUUUGAAGGAGAUGUGGAGGCAAUGCAGGAUGAGAGUGUUUGUGUUGUCAGCUUGGAAGAAUGAACAGGGCGAGGUGCUGUUUGGGAUGCAUGAUGAUAAUGAGGCAUUAGGAGAUGGGGACAGCUUCAUAAAUACAAAGGACUGGGAGGACAUCGAGCCAGUGUGGCAGGAGUAUGCGCAGGAACAGUUUGGUGCCGGAGCACGGGAAGGUGGCCGACAGAUGAAGGGAGGUCACAAGAGAAUCCAAAAACCAGCCUUCGAGCUCGACACUGACGAGGAUGGGAUGCCGUUGCUUCCGGACAUCACCAAAACAAAACUUGAGGAGAAGAAGGCCAUAGUCAGGGCUUUUCUCACAUCGCACUAUUGGACUUGUUCGGGGAUCGACAAGGCAGUAGUGCCAUGGAGUGCCAUACUUCAAUGCCAGGAUGACUUUGUGUCACGAAGAUAUCUUCCGGCGGAUGUUGACUUGAAGGAGCCUUCCAAGUUGCAAAAUUUGGACACGACAGCCCUCCUCAAUUUCUGGUAUGCUUGGCAGGAGAAAGGUGAAGGAUCAACAUUCACGUUCAAAGCGUGGAAGAACAAAGAUGGCGACAUGGUAGCAUCGGUUGUUGAGCAUUCCAACUUUGACUAUGUAGUAUUCCUUUCACUUUGGUUUAUCUACAAUGCUGAGACUCGUGUCAUAGCUUCUAUUGUCCCACAGGUUAUGAGCCCUGGCUUAAACUAA